AUGGACCCCACAGGGUACAUCUUGGGUUAUGAGCCCAACCUCACGCUGCAGCCGAUCUCAAUGAGGUUUUGCCAGCUCUGCAACGACCCGGGGCCGCAGGGUGCGUGCGACUGGUGCGGCGGCCACGUCCACUGGAGCUGCUCGUACCAGGCGUCGGGCAGCGUCCUCUGCACCAGGUGCUACGACCAGAUGCGGUACCAGUACGGCGCGGCGCAGAUGGCGCGACAGGAGUGGCUGCUGGGCCAACUCCAACAGGCGCGUGCGCAGCGACAGCGACGCCGGGAGUUUGAGACCAGGCGGUUUGCUGCGGCCACGGGCGACUACCUCGAGACCGCGGCAACAGCGGGCGGAGCAGUCCUUGGAGCUGCUGGAUCCCUCUCUGUCCGGGGCUUGGGAGCGCUGGCCAGCGCCGGACUGGCUGGGACCAGCUCCGGGGACGACGAGUUCCGGGAGGCGCACUCUGUGGGCACUGGCGCUGGGCAGGGCGCGGCGUCCAACGCAGCAGAGUCCCCGGCACCAGAGGGGAGCCAGACAGGACCAGCAGAGGAAAGGGAGAGCCGUGCGGGGUCUGCAACGGAAGAUCUCGCGGAGCAGCUUUGGCAGACCCAGGCGAGCUUGCUAACUUUCCAGGACAUGCUGCAGGGGAUGAGCGAGCAGAUGGAGGAGUUCGAGCACCGCAUCAAGACCUUGGAGGGUCGCGGGGCGCCUCCAUUGAUUACUCAGCCCGCAGGUUCUGGGAUGACCCUUCUGAGUUUCUCUUUGGACCGAGACGACCAGGCAGGGCAGCGACCUCCUCCAGGUGAGGCCCGUCCACUGUUCGCGGACGAUGGUCCCAACCGGUUUGGUUUCUCACCUGCCGCGGUUGCCGACGGACGCGGCCCCACGCAGUUUGACGCGGUACGCGCAGCAUGGGAUGCCAUGAAGAGCCUGCAGCUGUCCAAGCUGGAGUACACGGGCCGGAGGUCGCGAGCGGAGCUCUUCGCCACCUGGAAGGAUCUCGUAGCUCUGCAGGUUGAAUCGCUGGGGCCUGCAGGAGUGACUUGCUGGACUGGCAUAUGGGAGAAAGUUGAGGAGGCGUCCAAGCGCCAUCUGGCGACUCCCUACCUGCAGCGAAGCGCUGUGAGAGUGGAGCGGCCUGAAGAUGUACCAUGUGUUGAACUUGAGCGACGCCUCAGGCCGCUGCUGGUCCAGGCUCUUCCAGAGGCUCUCCGGCGAGGGUUGAUCAUGCGCGGAACUCUGUCUUGCGCGGAGAUACUGCUGGAGACCAUGGUCGACGCGGUGCCUGGGCCCCUCGAAGACCGCAGCGCCUUGAAGCAGAAUCUCACAGCGCUGCGCGUGGCUGGAUCCCACCGGGAAGCCAUGCACAUCCUCGAGACCUGGAGCGGGCACAUGCGGCGCGCCAAGAAGAUGGGCCUCGAGAUGCAAGAUAGCCAGGACAUGUUGCAAGCAGUGAAGGGAUCAGUAGCCCGCAUGGUGGAGAGGAACAGGCAGCUGGACUACCGACUGCAAGUCUACCUGCACGAGAAGAACUUGCCCCAGGAGACGAGCCACGACAAGGUAGAGCAGUUCGUGGCGUACCUCUGGUCUGAGAUGCGGAACCGCGACGUCACCGACCUCGGCGGGAGCUGCAGCGCCAACCUGGCGGACUCUGGGGAUGAGAAGAACAGGAAGUGCUUCCAGUGUGGUGAGCUGGGGCAUUUGAAGAAGGAUUGUCUUAAGGCGUGCCGGCAGGAACAGCCGGCCCAGGCAGGACAGCCAGGGAAGCCGGGAAGCACAAAGACUCCUAACCCGUGCCGAUUCUGGACGAAACCGUCCGGAUGCAUGAAGGGAGCGGAGUACAAGUUCCUGCGCGACAAGAAGCCAGGAUUGUGCUCGAACUGCGGCUCGAAGGAGCACUCCUGGAAGCAGUGCGCCAGACCGAAGAGCCAGAAAGGCAACAAUAACGACAGGGAGACGCUGGCCGGGCCACAAGCAGGCAAGGCCUCCGUCCAUGCGAAGGGCGAGCGCAUUCCGAGAGGGGCCUGGGAAGUCCAGCUCAAGUUGGCCGUGGGAUCGGUCAAGGCGUGGACAUUGGGCCAUGAAGUCAUAGUGACAUCUAGCGCGGCCGUGAGCACACUGGUGCCCCUGGGAAGGUUGAUAAGCCAUGGGUGCAAGUUCAAGUGGAACCACGACUCUGCCGAGCUGGUGUUGCCCGACGGCAGGAAGAUCGAGGUGCGCGUCUGGAACGAAGAGCUCUACGUCUCCAAGUCUGUCGUGAAGGUCCUGAGCGAUCUCUGUUCGGAGACUUCGGUUGGUCGGCCGCAGGUGAGGGCCGAGGAGGUCAAAGAGGCUGCCGCUGACCAGAAGGGAGCAGGAGACGGACCACCAGAAGAGCGCGUCCACGACCAGGAUGAUAUGCUCGAGCGCCGCCGGGCGAAGUACCUCAGGGCGGACUUCAACGAGCACAGGGCGAAGCACCUGUUCACGGAGCUCCACGAGAGCACGACGAAGCACGUGACCGCGGACGGGAAGCCGAAGACCUGGGUCUACGUCCGGGCAUUGACAAGCAAGGCGGCCGCAGAGACCGCGGUGGCCAUCAAAGACAUCAUCGACGAGAUUAACCAUUCCUUCCGGACGCAGGCGGUUUGGUCUAUGCACUCCGACCUGGGGAAGGAGUUCUUGGCUCAGAUUGUGCGUGCUGCGGCGAAAGAGAGGAAGCUGCAUUGCACGACAGGUCCGGGGUAUGACCCUGACUCCAGUGCCCGAGCCGAGAGGGGCAUCGGCAUCCCGAAGGAUUCUGCACGCAGGUUACUCCUUGACGCUCGUCUCUCCUCGACGUGGUGGGGAUGCGCUGCAACGUACGCGGCCAUCCUGGCGAGGUACCGGGACCAGAACAGGAAGAUAUCUCCGGAGGGGCCCGUUUUUGGAUCGCUUGUGGCGGCGAUGACUCGCCAGAGGCCCCGGGGCGACUUCGCGUCGCGGGGGUGCGUGGGGCGAUUCCUUGGAGUUGACUCUAGUAUUCCCCUCGGCAACGGGAGGUUCGCGGCCUACGUCGAGCACCCCGCGGGCAAGGUCGAGAGCAACGGCACGUUCCACGCCAUCAGCGCCGACGACUCGAAACUGCCCGGCUACCCCGUGGAGGCCGCGGAGGUGGAGGAGGACGGGUUCCAGUACCCGGCAUGCCGGGGGCGUUUUGCCCCGCGCACCAGGAUCCUCGGAGAGUGCCGGCAGGCCCCAGACGAGGCGGAGGAGGCAGACCUGGACCUGGAAGACGCCUGGUUUCAGGAAGUGGACGACGACGUCGAGGAGGAGGAGGAGGAGGAGCAUAACGAGUGCCAGGAGGAAAUCAGGGGCCAGGGGGGCAAGAUCAGGGACCAGGAGGAGAUCAGGGGCCAGGAGGAGGUCAGGGACCAGGAGGAGGUCACGGACCAGGAGGAGGUCAGGGACCAGGAGGAGGUCAGGGACCAGGAGGAGAUCAGGGGCCAGGAGGAAGUCAGGGACCAGGAGGAGGUCAGGGACCAGGAGGAGAUCAGGGACCAGGAAGAUAACGAGUACCAGGAGGAGAAGAUCAGGGAGGAGGAGGAGGAGGAGAUCGACAUGGGUACGUACCGCGAGCAUGAUGCCGGACGAGUGCGCGAACCCGUGCCUCUUCAACCUUGGCUUCUCGAGGUGACGUUUUCGGAGGUGCCGAAGUUGACGGUGAAGUUCGGCAGCACCGGCUGGAAGAUCACGAACUUCAUGAAGGGUAUUUCCUUGGACUCGGAGGAGGUGUUCCACAAGCAGAACAACAUUUUGCUUGCUGCUGGCGCCCAUUCUGUUUUCGACUGGCCUGGGUAUGGCUCUGGCUGGGCCUGCGCCUGGGUUGACGAGUUCGUUGGAAAGCCGGGCGUGACCGUGGUGGAGUUCGACGGCUGCAUGGUGGGCCUGGUGAACAAGAAACCUUGGAAGAUUGCAGCUACUCUUCAGGCAUUGGCGGAAACGUUGGGCAAGAAGGUCUGCGACAAGGGCCACGACCACGGGAAGGGGGAAAGGUCCGACACUGCAGCGACGGCAGACUACCCGGAGGAGCUGGUGGAGAUCAUCUGGGGCGCAGUGUCUUCGAUUAUCCCGGCCAUCCCGCCUGACGUGGCGGCAGAGCUAGGCGACCUGAUCCAAGAGGAGGCAGACGCGAACCUGUUGGACGAGCAAUCCGGGACGGACGCUCUGGAAGCCAAGCUGGGCCACCAAAUCCAGGAGGAGGAUUUGAAGGUGCUUGACGAGUUCCUGGAGAAGGAGAUCGUCGAGACCGGCCUGAAGCUGGUCACGGGCGCGGAGGUCAACGCCGCGAAGGGCAGUGAGCGCGAGGAGCGGCUGGAGGCGAUGCGCCGGGAGCUCGAUCGCACAUCGCAGCUGGGCGUUUUGUGCCCCGUCGUGGAGAAGGAUCUGAAUAACGUCAAGCUUAGCGACAUACUGCCGGCCAAGUGCGUCUGCGGCAUCAAGAGCCGCAAGGACCUCGACAAAGACCAGAAGGAGGUGAGGUUGGUGGCUUGCGGAAAUCACACCUCCAAGUACUCCGGGGAGUUCUCAACUCAUGCCGCGGACGCCUCCGCCAUCAGAAUGGUCUUAGCCAUGGCCGAGCACGAGGGCUGGGACAUCGUGGCGCUGGACGUGGUCACCGCUUUCCUGAGAGCCUAG